GCAGGUGAGAGAGGGGCAAGGAAGCUAAAGAAGUGGAGGAAUGAGAAAAACAGCUGAUGAAGAAGAAGAACUAGGAGGAGUACCAACACCAAUGCCUUGGCGUGGUUCAUCUCGAGUCCUGUGGUAUCAGUUGGGUCGUGUCAGUUGGGUCAGUGAUAACCUAGGUAUGAAGUGGUCGGGAAUUGUGUUAGGUACUAGUGCUGUGGCCCUUUUACUAGGAUGCAUUUCUCCCGGUGUCCAAGCACAAGAUGGAGGACUUGAACUUCCGGUGCAACUCAUUGGAUUUCCGGUUAUCAUUCUGGCUGUACGGCUCAGCAAUUUUGUCAAAAAACUCACCUAUGCGUUGAACCCAAGAACUUACACGUCGAGGAGUAGACGCAGAAUUGAUUCUCCAUGGGUGAUCGACACACACGAUGUGGAUGAAGUGGAGAGACGCAUCAUCAAGGAGUUGGGUCCAGAUGUCUGUAUAUUCGAGGAUGUUUGCGAGAGGCAUGCCUGGCUGAGUCAAAGGAAUUCGCACGUAAGCUGGAACGACCUAGUCAGCAAAUAUCUACAAGCUCCUCUUGGCAAGAAGCAGUUCUACAUGCUGAGUAUUUUCCUGGGCGAUAUAAUCGAAUCACCAGAACUGUGCUACAGUCUCGCAGAAAGGGGGAGAGCUUGUGGAUCUUCGCAGCGAAUUUGAAUGAAAAGUUUUAAAGACUAGGUGGUGAUUUCUUUAUAGUUUUGAGAAUCAAAAUCAAACGCUCCACACAUAAUUGAAGGGGAAUUUGCGUAGAGUUAUCUAUUCAAAUCAGAAAACUAUUGAUCAGCCAUAUCAACCGCUAUUGUUAGUUAACAAUGCAAGACAUGUUCAAUUAUUGAUCUGGCAUCUUCUCAAUGAAAUUUUUUAUAAUCUCACUGUCAACAACAUCGACAUUGUUAAAUCAGAGUAGGUUAUCGAGACAUAUAAAUUACCCUGAUGAAGAUUCUAUUUCGGGGAGAAUGAUCUAAAAUUAUUCUUAGGCUACGGGUUGUGCUCAGUCGGUUCACUAGUUUAUCAUUGAGUAAAAAAAUAUUCAAUCUGAAAAUGAAUUUUGAAUUCAUAGACCAGAGCUCAUUGCCAGAGGAAGAGACAUCGACAAUAAUUCAUAAUUAUUCCAUUGAAUACUAUUCCUGAAUGAUAUUGAUGAGUUUUCGAUGAAAAAUCAGAGAUUUUCUCUUAGACGACAGUCCAGUUUUGAAUGAUACCAUUUGUACAAAUUAUUUGAAAAUGUAAUUUAAUUAGUAGAUGUAAAUAGAUAAUUUAUAAAUAUAACGUUUUAAGAUUUAAUUCGAU